UAUGACGACUCCACAGUAGGCAGAGGUUUCUGUUCUCCUUCAGCUGCGGAGCACCAGGGUCAGAGUCUUCUCCCUCGCCUUCCGUUCUUAAUUCAGCCCUCUUGGACAACUCCUUUUCCUUCAAUGCCAGUCUCGAACUCUGGGCAAAUCGACCAUGCCCGGAGAAGCUCGGUCAGCCUGAGCUUGCAGGAGGAGAGGCGUCCAGGGGGAUUCCCUCGUCCCACCCGCCGGUAGCUUCCUGCUGCUCUGUCGACCCCUCCCCAAUAAGGGCGCCCUUGGGUCUCUGGGAAGCAGGCGGGGAACCCUCGAGGCCAUCGAAGCCACCCCGUGAGCAGACGAGCCCAGGCGCCGGCUCCUAAGCAGGAGGAAGAGAAAGGCGCGUCCCAUUCCACUUUCCCUCCCUCCCUCCCUCCGGUGGGUCGGGGAGCCGGAGUGCCCGAGAAGGAGGAGGGACUCAGCGCUCCGUUCACCGACUCCACGGGGGGAACCACCCGAAAGUUGGGGUCACCGGAAGUGGCCCACCGGAAGCGCGGCGGCGGAGGCGACUCUAUAGGGGUGUCCUUUCUGCGCAGGCGCGAGGCGUCGGCUUCCUGCUUCCGGCCAUGAGGGCAGCGCUGGUGGACUACAGCAGCUCCGGCUCGGAGGGAGAGAGCGAGGCCAGCGCCGCCCGGGAGAGGAGCAAGAGGAGCAGCGGGGACGCUGGGGCCGGGCCGAAGGGCGGCCGCGGCCUCUCCCCUGCGGGCAGCAGAGCUGCUAUGCCCUCCCUCCCCUUGCCAGACAGUGUGCGGAGGAUGUUCAGGGAUCAGGAAGAGAAGGAAAAGGUGGUGGAUGACUGUAGUAAACACGAAGGCCGCCUGCGGACAUUUCCUCAUGAACGAGGCAACUGGGCAACCCAUGUAUAUCUGCCAUACAAAGCUGGGGAGGACUUUCUGGAUUUACUGCAGCUCCUCCUAAUCUGUGGGCGCACUUAUGUUCCUCCACUGAUGGGACAGGAAGAAUUCCACAUCAGCCUCUCUCAAGGCGUGGUGUUGCGCCAUCACUGGAUCAACUCUUUUAUCCAGUCCCUCAAAGAGCGCAUGGCUUCCUACCACAGGUUCAUCUUCAGAGCUGAUCAAGUGAAGAUUUAUACCAAUGAGACCAAAACCAGGACCUUUGUUGGCUUAGAAGUCUCUUCAGGACAUUCUCAGAUGAUGGAGAUGGUUUCAGAAGUGGAUGAAGUUAUGAAGGAAUUUAACCUCAUGCCUUUUUACAAGGAUCCCUCGUUCCACAUGAGCCUUGCCUGGUGUGUGGGGAAUAUGUCGGAAGCCCUCGGAGGCCAGUGUAUGCAGGAAAUGCAGGAGAUUGUGGAUGGCUUUGAGGACUCCAGCCACUUGCUGCAAAUUCCUGGGACGGAAGUCCGUUGCAAAUCUGGCAAUAAGGUCUUCUCGUUCCCUCUGAGAUAGAGAAGCCCAGGAACAAUAAGAGCCGACUUGCGAUAGAAACCACCAGCCCUUUGCCAAAGAUGGUCAGAGGUGCCACCGGAUUCCCAUGAAGUCUAUUGGGAGCUCACCUACCCGUGCCAGCAGCAGACCAUCCAACAGCACAUUUCAGAGCCAAGGCAGUUAAUGCCCUCAGGCCUCUGCCAGACCAACUCCUACUUCGCUCCACUCCAGUUCUCAGCUGCUGGAGAAACACAAAGUGUGGGAGCCAGUGAGAUGUUUCUCCAAGCUGCAGGACUUUGUUUUGUAGAAAGCCGAUCUCGGGGCGAGAAGCCCUCGGAGGAUGCCUUGGGCGUGGUGUCUUGAAAGUGAACCACAGGUGAAAUGAAGAAAAGAAGAACCAAUUUUCUUCAUUGUCUGUUUGCUGAAAAGGUUCAUCAAAGCUUCCUGGAUAAGUGACUGCUCAGACCUGCUUUGAUCUGUUGGAAUUGUGGCAAAAAAAAUCAUAAACAGGAUAAAGUAAGAAAUGUGUAUUGGAGCACUGGAGUUAGAUGAGCUCUCCCAUGCACAUACUGACAAAGUACUGAAUUCCUCUAGGCCAAAAUCCAAAGGAAACCUUUCAUUUGUCCAUCAAAAGCGCAGCAGUGGCCUUGAACGGCAUUCAGAUGGGCCCAACUCACGAGUGAUGGAAAAGGUAAACUCGGUGCAAUCCAUGCUUAUUUCCCUGCAUUCUGGAGAGGAACCGGGCAGGGCUGUGGAAAGAGACUAGCCUUGUUCCCCGGAAGAGUAUGAUCUAAGUAAUUCUGAGAUUUGUUUCUCACAUUCUCAUGAUCCAAGAAAGAAACGUCUGAAUGCAAUAAAUCAAAAUACUGGCUGAAGAAAUGGGAGGAGGGCAAUUUACAGAACUGAGAUGUUGCAAACUUUUGGCUUAGUCAGUUUCUAUUGGCCCUCCCACCAGUAGUGCUGACUUCAAAUCCUGUGAUUGCCUUUUGGGGAUACAACAAUUAUUGCCAAUUGUAAGCUGCCUAUAUGGAGAGCUAUAAUAAAUUGAAAUAAGUAAUGUAUUUCGUUAUAGAAAGUAUACUAAGGCAGAACAAAAUGAAUGUUAAGGCAGAAUUUUUUCAAUGCCCAAUUCAUUAUUUCUCUUGUAACUAAUGAAUAAAGACUAGAUUGUUUGUC